UGUUUUAUUUAGGGUAUUAGAUGUGGUCGCGACGCCGAGCAGUCCGGAUUGCGCUCUACGAAUGCGAGCAUCUGGCGCAGCAUCUGCCCAGCACAGCUUCGGAAUCGUGCCGAUCCUAUCUCGCGCUCCUCCAGGCGGCAUUCGAUCACGUUGCGGCGCGCUUGAUCCCGCAUUCAUCGAUCACGCUUACCAGCUUCGAUGUCACGGAGCGCCAAUAUCCUGAUCGAGUCCAAAAUUUCGAUGGGGUUCUCAUCUCGGGCUCUCUCAGCGGCGUGUACGAGCCAAAGCCAUGGAUCAGACGGCUUCUUCAGGAAAUUUUAUGGCUGGACAAGAACAAGGUAAAGACCUGCGGCAUCAGCUUUGGGCAUCAAGCGAUUGCUGCUGCUUUUGGAGGAUCCGUGGCUCCGAAUCCAAAGGGGUCGGAGGUGUCCGUGAAAGAAGCCAAGCUCACCGAUUUGGCCAGGCAGCUAUUCGAAACAAGCAAGGAAUCGUUCAAGCUUCACUACCAUCACAACGAUGCGAUCCUUUCGCUUCCUCCGGACUUCUGGGUGCUUGCUUCCAACAAUAUAACUCAGUACCAGGCAUUGUACAAACCUCACCACUUUCUCACUUUCUGUGGGCAUCCAGAUUACUCGCACCAUCCCAAAGUCCUGGAAUUCCUGCUCAAGAUUGACAGGAAAAAUGGGUGGGUCACGGACGAGAUCGUGAGACAAGGACUCAAAUCCAUCGGCGACGAGACGGACUACGAGUGGAUCGUAGAAAAGAUCCUCCACUUCUACAUGGGUGAUCUAUGGAAUGAUGCCCAAUCGACGGCGGAUAUCCACUGCCCGUAAUCCACGCCCUAAAAAGUUUUUCCAAUCCUUGUAGACUUUUCC